GACACAUUAUAAAACAGAGUGAAAGUGAAAUUGUCUAGACACAAAGCACAAGACGCAUUCAUCUUCUUGAGUUAGGUACAUGGCUGCUGAGCAAGGUGGCAGAUUUUCCUCCAUUGAAGUACCUCUUUUGAAUGAUGAAAAAGUGUAUCAUGUGAAUAGUUCCAAUGAGGCAGUGACAAAAAUUAAGGAACAACAACACCAGACGGUUCAUGUGGGUAAUGCUUCUUUGUUCAAAACUGGCUUCCAUCUUGUUAAUGCUAUCUCAGGAGUUGGUAUUGUUUCAAUACCAUAUGCACUAGCAUCAGGAGGAUGGUUAAGCAUAAUAUUACUAUUUAUUAUAGCCAUUGCAUGUUGUUACACAGGAACAUUGGUAAAAAAAUGCAUGGACAUGGAUCUUGAAAUCAGAACAUUUUCUGACAUAGGUCAACAUGCAUUUGGAAACAAAGGAAGAUUAAUAGUAUCUAUCAUCAUGAAUUCUGAACUGUAUUUAGCAGUAACAGGUUUUCUGAUUUUAGAAGGAGAUAAUCUAAAUAAACUAGUACCAAACAUGGAAAUUCAUCUACCAUGGUUAACAAUUGGUGGUACAACAAUGUUUACUAUGGUUACUGCUGUUAUUAUUUUGCCUACUGUUUUGUUGGAGGAUAUCAGUUUGUUGUCUUAUGUGUCUGUUGGUGGUGCUUUAGCUUCUUCAAUUUUCAUCUUUUCUUUGUUGUGGAAUGGUGCUAUUGAUGGAACAGGUUUUGAUGGAAAAGGAAAAUUUUUUAUAUUCAGUGGAAUACCUUCUGCUGUUAGUUUGUAUGCUUUUUGUUAUAGUGCUCAUCCAGUUCUUCCUACACUCUAUAAUUCUAUGAGGAACAAAACUCAUUUCUCAACUGUCCUGUUACUAAGCUUUUUAGCAUGCACACUUGGUUAUGCAGCAGCAGCAAUACUAGGCUACUUAAUGUUUGGAGAAGAUGUUGAAUCACAAGUAACUCUAAAUCUUCAAACAGGAAAGUUAAGUUCACGUGUUGCAAUAUACACAACCUUAGUGAAUCCAAUAGCAAAAUAUGCAUUAAUGCUUACACCAGUUAUAAAUGCAAUUAAAAUGAAAAUUUCAUGCAAUUAUUUCAACAAAAGGGUCACACACAUGAUUAUUAGUACAUCUUUAUUAGUAACUUCUCUUAUUAUAGCAGUGACUAUUCCUUUAUUUGGUUACCUUAUGUCACUUGUUGGAGCAUUGUUAAGUGUGUCAGCUUCAAUUUUGGUGCCAACAGUUUGUUACUUGAAGAUUUCAGGAGCUUAUAAGAGAUUUGGAUUUGAAAUGAUUAUUAAUUAUUUGAUCAUUGUAAUGGGGGUAGCUAUUGCUGUUUUUGGUAGUUAUAGAUCUAUUGUGGAUAUAAUUCAAAAUUUGUACUUAGAAUGAUUAAAUUGGAAGUUUGACUUGGAAUAGUUUGUUUUAUUUCUUUGUUGUCUAAAGAAGUACUUUAGUUUUUGUUUGUUA